CGUAGGCAGGAUCUAGAAUUAGAACCCACGAUCCGGCGAUAAUGAGCAUCUCGAGAGAGUCAGGUUGGAUUAAACCAUGAAUGGAGAAAGUAUCGCUCGGACACACCCACGCGCCUCGUUCACAUUCAUCUUCCGAGUUUCGCAUGCGGCGCCCGGCGCAUUAUCGAUACUUCCGGUCUGCGGACGGAGACCGGUAGGAGGGUGCACAUAAACGGCUGCGAGGGAACAAUAAAAUUUCACGUGAAUUAAGCUCGAUGGAUGAGCUCUCGCUACGCUAACAGGUGUCGAUGUCUCGCGUUUUAAUUCAUCACCACGGAUUCAGCUCGAUAACGCUAUCGGUCCUGUUAUCGUUCUAUUCCCAGAAUAGAAACGUUACGAUCAUUGUAUGCACGGUUACGCCGCAGCCGGCGCACGAACAGCGAUUAUUUUCCCAAGCACGCGAUCUUUCCACGUUGUUGUGGGAAACGAGCUUAAGGAUGAUUUUCACGAACGAACGAACGGAACGACGACGCGGCGAGUCGUAGGAGCGGCCACGCAACGGGAACAAAACGAUUUAGCCAUGAAAAAGCAGAGCGCAAUAACAACUCGCUCUUGGACUCGGUCACAGGGCUGGGACAUGCCGGAGGAACAGAAGAUUGCCGGCGGCCCACCGGAAGUAGCCGCGGAAAAUGGGACCGGAACGAACUCGCCCACGAAGAGUCCAGUUAGCAGGGGUAAAAUGGCCGUGGCGAACAUCACUCUUCUCGAUGGGACCGUCAAAGACUUCCACAUCGACAGAAAAGCGAAGGGCCAGGAUCUUCUCGACAUGAUCUGCCAGAGCAUGAAUCUUCUCGAGAAGGACUACUUCGGCCUUAUCUACGAAGACAGACACGACUCGAGAAACUGGCUGGAUCUAGACAAGAGGAUUGCAAAGUUCAUAAAAAACGAACCGUGGAAGUUUAAUUUCGAAGUGAAGUUUUAUCCACCGGAUCCAGCUCAAUUGCAGGAGGACAUAACGCGUUAUCAGUUAUGCCUCCAGAUACGAAACGACAUUAUCACGGGGCGAUUGCCGUGCUCGUUCGUAACCCAUGCCCUCCUUGGUUCAUACUUGGUGCAAUCCGAGGUGGGGGAUUACGAUUCGGACGCGCACGGCCGCACCUACUUGAAGGACUUCAAGUUCGCUCCGAAUCAGACGCCGGAGUUAGUGGAAAAAGUAAUGGACCUCCAUAAAACGCAUAAGGGUCAGACGCCCGCCGAGGCGGAGCUCCAUUAUCUCGAGAACGCGAAGAAGUUGGCGAUGUACGGCGUCGAUCUUCAUCCGGCCAAAGAUUCCGAGGGCGUUGACAUCAUGCUAGGCGUGUGUUCGUCGGGCCUGCUUGUCUACAGGGAUCGAUUGCGGAUCAACAGAUUCGCCUGGCCGAAGAUUUUGAAGAUCUCCUACAAGAGGCACAAUUUUUAUAUAAAGAUCAGACCGGGCGAGUUCGAGCAAUUUGAGUCGACGAUCGGAUUCAAAUUGGCGAAUCACAGGGCGGCAAAGAAACUGUGGAAAGUUUGCGUGGAACACCAUACUUUCUUCAGGCUCAUGAGUCCGGAGCCUGUUAAGAAAGUAGGACUAAUACCGCAUCUGGGUUCCCGCUUCCGGUACUCGGGAAGAACUCAUUACGAAACAAAAAAGACGCCUAUCGAUAGGCAACCCCCGCAAUUCGAGAGAUCGUUGAGCGGUCGUCGUCCGACUUCUCGCAGCAUGGACGCGCUAGGCGGACCUAAACAAGUCGAGAGUUACGGUUCCGAGCCCAGCAAAAGACACACAAUGAGCUAUGAACCGGAAAUGAUCCCCGAUAUGGAGCAUAUAGAUCAACGGCCUAGUCCAAUUAAAAAGCAAAAGGAAAAGCUCACACGCAAAACAAGUGCUGGAACAACAUCCGCUAGCAGUACCAGUAGCCUGGAAGGAGAGUACGAUGCAGAUCGUGGCAAAAAGAAACCGGUCGGAGGGAUCGCGGUCCUACCGCCCGGUGGUCUAUCUAAGAAGAAAAAGGAUAAGCAAAACGAGAAUGAAAAGGAGAAUCAUAACGAUCUAAACAACUCCGAUCUGAUUAACGAAAACGCUGUUCUCGACAGCAACGACGUAAAGUCGCCCAGUAAAAAAGAACUGAAAAAGAAAGACAAGGAAACACCCGAGAAAAAAGAUAAAGAAAAGAAAGAGAAAAUAAAGAGUCCUGUCGGUGGCUUCCUAUUUGGCAAAAAGGAAAAGGACUCGAAGCAGAAGAAACAAAAGAAGAACAAGGAGCUGGAAGAAUCUCUGGAGAAGAGCGACACGGAAUCGAAUCUCUCCACGUUGGAGAAACAGGCGAAACCUUUAACGGAGACGUCGAACAUCGAGAAGCCGAAGACCGGUCCGGAAUCACCGCAACUGCCUAGCUACACCAAGCCCUACGACUACGAAGAGACAGAAACCUCUCCGACGAGAAAACGGUUCACACCUCACGGAUUCUCGUACGAGGACAGACCGGCGUCGCCUGGAGUGCAAAGUCAACAAUCACCGACUGCUGCGAGUCGCAAAGCCACGGGUCUGGCCUUUAAUUACGCUCCCGGUGAGGAGAAGAAAGUGGCGGAAUCAGCAGAAAAGAGGAAAACCAAAGAAGCGGACGCGGCUAAACCAGGAUUAAAGACCCCGGGUCUGAAUUAUGUUGAAUCAGCGGGAUUGAAGGAACAACAGAAAACUGCUGCACAACCGAAAGCUGACAAGGAUCCAUCAGCAAUCCUGAUCGCCGCUGAAAAGCAACAGGAACACGCUGAUCGUCAAGUUAGCAAGGUUCCACUGCCGGUUGCAGAAUCGAAACCAGAAUAUCAUAUUCUACCGUUGCCAGAUGGAUCGAAAGUUAUCGGAGGUGUAAUUUAUACCAAAGAUGGUAAACCGUUGGAUCAACACAGCCUUGGUCCGGACAGUAGCAGAAUAAUCGAUGGAAAGGUAUGCACAAAGGAUGGCCAGCCAAUUAAAAAGGCAGAUUUUGGUCCUCACGGGCUGUACGUUCACAACGGCGUGGUUACCACUAAAGAUGGCAAGCCGACGAACCAAGGAGUCCUAGGUGUUGAAAGGAACUUCAUAAAAGACGGCACUAUCUACGGCUGCGAUGGACAAAUAGCUGAACAGCAUUUGUUAGGACCGGACCACACACUAGUCAAAGACGGUAAAAUAGUGACGAAGAACGGUAAACCGGUACAAUAUUGUAAGCUAGGCAGCGACGGAACGUACGUUAAGGAGGGCCUCGUGUUUUCUGCCGAUUCGAAACCGUUGACGCAGGGCUCCUACGGUAUUAACGAAAGCUAUAUCGUUGCCGGUACAGUGUUCGAUAAGAGCUGUAAACCGUUGAGUCAAAGCGCGCUUAUACCGGAUCAAACUUAUAUCAGCGAUGGUCUAAUCUGUGGAUCAUCGGGAAGCGCUCUGGGCAAUGGUGUUCUGGGACACGAGAGCCAUUACAUAGCAGACGGAAAAGUUUAUUCGAAGGAUGGAAAACCGGUGAAACAUGAAUCCUUUAGUUCAGACGGAUCCGUCAUAAAGGAUGGUAUAAUCUACUCGAAGGAUGGGAAGUUCUUGAAUCAAGGAUCUCUGCUUCCUUGCGGUGCUCAUUUGAAGGAUGGAAAGAUCGUCGGUAAGGAUGGAAAAGCGAUCAAGCACGCGUUCUACAAGCCUGAUGGAAGCUUUGUCAAAGAUGGUAUUCUGUAUGGCAAAGACGGCAGGCCUCUGAGCCAGAUUCCACUGAUAGCAGACGGAAGCUAUAUCAAAGAAGGCGUUGUGUACAGCAGCAACGGCCGGCCAUUGUCGCAGAAUCUUUUCAAACCCGACGACACCGUAAUCAAAGACGGUGUAAUCUAUUAUGCGAAGGGAGCAACGUUGACGGAUGCUUCCCUCGGGCCGGACGGGAUGCUGAUCAAGAACGGAAACGUGAUCGGGAGAGACGGUAAACCAGUGAAACAGGAAUCGUUCGGCUCCAACGGAAGCUAUAUAAAGAAAGGUGUUGUUCACGCGAAGAGUGGUAAACCUUUGAAUCAAGAUUCAUUAGUGCCCGAAGGCGCGUCCAUUAAAGAUGGUAAGCUAUGUUCCAAGGAUGGGAAAACGUUGAAGUUCUCGUACUUCAGGCCGGAUGGAAGUUACGUCAGAGAUGGUCUCGUGUAUGGGCUAGAUGGAAAACCGUUGAAUCAAAGUGCGGCUCUUGCGGAGGACAAUUACAUUGCUAAUGGAGUGAUCUUCGACUCGAAUGGCAUGCCUUUGAACAGAGACAUGUUUGGAUCCGAUGGCUCCUACGUCGCCGGCGGUAUAAUUUUCGGGAAAGACGGUAAAAUAAUAUUGGACGGUGUCUUCGGACCAGACGGUAACAUCAUCAAGAAUGGGUUGAUCAUCGGCAGGGAUGGGAAACCGUUGACACAGGACGACAAGGGGCCAGACAGCUUAGCUGUUAAAGAUGGAAAGAUCGUCGACAACCAAGGAAACCCUAAAAAUAUGGCAUCCCUGAUUCCUCAUGGCUGCUACAUCAAAGAUGGUGUGGUCUACGAUAAGAAUCAGUGUCCGUUGAAACAAGGAGCAUUCAAACCGGAUGGCAGUUACAUCAGAGACGGCCUUGUGCACGGUUGGGGCGGCCAGUUGCUGAACGCUGGAUCAGCAUUGCCUAGUGGCAGCUACAUCGAGGAGGGUAGGAUUUAUGGGAAAGAUAAGCAGCCUCUGGACCACAGUUCGUUUGGCUCCGAUGGCGGAUAUAUCGCCAACGGUAUCGUGUAUGGUAAAGACAAGAAACCCCUUGGUCAUGGAACAUUUGGCAGUGAUGGUAGCUACAUAAAGAAUGGCCUGAUACACGAGGCAAGCGGGAAGCCAUCGAAUAAAAAGCAAACGGUUAUUACCGUUACGCUGGUGCGGUACGGAUUAGUGUGCGGAAACGAUGGUAAACCGUUGAAAUAUGGUAAUUUCGAUUCGAAUGGCAGUAUCGUUAAAGACGGAAGGAUUUACGAUCACACGGGGCAACCCCUGAAUCAGGAAAUCUACAAGAACGAUGGCAGCUGUGUCAAAGAUGGACUGAUAUACGGGGCCAACGGGAAACCAGCGACGCAGGGUACAUUACCUGCGGAAACUAGUUUCAUCAGGAGUGGAAAGAUCUAUGACUUGAAUGGACAACCGCUAACUCAAGAAGCAUUCGGUCCUGAAGGUUUGAAGGUAGUGCAGGGUGUUUUGGUUGAUAAAACGGGUAAAGCCCUGAAACAGGCAACCUUUGACCCCGAAGGCAAUCUUAUUAAAGACGGCAUUGUUUACACAUCGUCGGGUAAGCCCCUGGAUAAAUACUUUACUGUAAUUACCAUCACUUCGGUGCGGAAAGGUCUGCUGACAGACAAAGAUGGGAAGCCUGUACUGCAGGCGCCGUUUUCGAACGACGGUAGCUACGUUGAACAUGGAAAGAUUUACGACAAAUGCGGAAAGCCGAUGAAUCAAGAAAUUUUCGGGGAAGAGGGAGCGUUCGUAAAGGAUGGCAUGGUGUUCACCAGCUCUGGACAACCGUUGGAUAGUGACACCAUCAUGAAGGAAGUGCAGGACACCGCGAAGAGUACUGUUUCCAAGACAAAGAAACCUGCGAUUCCAAGCACCGCUCCAACCAUAGUGAAAACAACCACCAAGCAGUCUGUGGUGAAAGAUCAGGAGGGUGUUACACAAAAUAUAGAAGAGAAAAUUGAGGAUCUCACGCCCGGAGGGACAGGCCAAGUAACCGUUUCCACACAGAUUAACAAGGCAGAGGCACCGGAUGACGGUAGAGCUCCCUACAUGACAGCGACCGCUGUUACCACUCGUACCGCUACCAUGCACGAGGACCUUGAAAAGAACCAAAAGACCAGCCAGGUAGAAGAAAAGACUGUAGCACACACAACCGCUACCAGCGCAACGAGACAGGAGCAGAGAGUGGUAACUCAAGAAGUUCGAACAACGAGCCACGUUCUUUCCGGUGAACAGCUGUUCUUACGAAGGCUCAGUACAUCCAGUUCAAGCAGCGAUGAUUCAGGUACUCCAAUUGACCUUGAAGAUGAUCAGCAGGCUUUCUACAAUCAAUAUUAUCAGGGCGACCCGGCUAGUGUUCUUGCAAGCGAGACGCACGAUAAAGGAGAACCAGAAACUAAUGUAACAGCGACUACGACGGUUCCACUGGUAGCAACUGAAACUAGAAAAGUAGCUGUUGAGAGCGAGGAUGGUUUGUAUAGCGCAACGGGAGAGAUAGUCAGCUCUCAAACAAUAUCCAGUAAAACUCGUACUGUUGAAACCAUUACAUAUAAAACCGAGAGGGAUGGAGUCGUAGAGACACGGGUAGAACAGAAGAUCACGAUACAAUCGGAUGGUGAUCCCAUCGAUCACGAUCGUGCUUUAGCGGAGGCGAUCCAAGAAGCUACCGCGAUGAAUCCAGACAUGACAGUUGAGAAAAUAGAAAUUCAACAGCAGACAGCGCAGUAAUUAAUCGAUGUAAGAACAAUUCUGUAAGAAAUAGAGGGCACUCAUUGUCUAAAAUAUUUAAUGCUCUGGUAAGUUUAGCUCUAGGAAAUUAAAAUGAUAUCCACUGUUAGUAUAUUAACAUGCAUUCGUGCAACGCACGAGGAACAAUUGAACUGAUUAUUUAUAUUGUCUAAAUUAAUAUCUUUCCUGUAAGAAUUGGAAAUCAUUGUUUCUUAUGGCAAACGUUGCCCACUUACAUGAGCUUGAACUUGAUUCAAAAUCAAGUCGUUAGGAGAAGGAAUAAACAUCUCUGAUGAUGUUUUUUUCUUUUACUGAAAAAUAAAAUUGCGGUACCUUGUACCAUAAACUGCAGUGUUCAUAUUCAAAGUAUGUAUCGUAUACAUACACGAAGCAUAAAUAUAUAUUAUACAUAUUACGUAUACAUAGUCAUGUAUGUACGUGAACAAAUGAUGGUCUGUUCAUAGUUAGAAAGAUAAGAGUGCCCUAUAAACUUACAUUUCGCAGGAAGUGAAGUAUCACGUUCCUGAUACGAAAACUUGUUCAAUAUUAUACUGGAAAUCGUUAGCAAUGAUAAGCUUAAUUGUCUUUUUUUUUAUUCUUCCGCGAACAUGCUUUCUGUUUCGAUAUAAACUUCUAUUUUUAAAAAGUUCAUCCAUGAGCCUAACGUAUAGUGAAGAACGAAAAUAACUUUAAAAAAAGUAUUACAGUUUAAAAAUGUUUUGUGAAAUCGAAGAUAUUUAAAAUGUAUUAUUAAUAUGCAAAUGAAUUAUACAACCAUUAUAAACAUAUACGUCUAACAAAUACAAAUAACGAGCACACACGCGCGCGCGCGCGCGCACACACACACACACACACACACACACACACACACACACACACACACAGUAACAUAUAUAUACAUACAUAAAUUGCACACUUAAUGUGAUUUUAUGAAUCUGUUGAUACAAAGAAAUUAUUCGAAACUGGAUAUAUGAAAAGUAAUGGUGGAAGGUAUAUAAUACAUAAGUGACCGGCAUACAAGAAUCUUUCCUGACAUCGCGUUCAUACGAAUUAGAAUCUAAAUAUAGCUUUCAUGCAAUACUU